AUGGGCUUGGCGGUGCUCGAAGCUCUCGACUCAGCUCGUACACAAUGGUACCACAUUACGGCCAUCGUCAUCGCCGGCAUGGGCUUCUUCACGGACGCCUAUGAUCUCUUUUGCAUCUCCACUGUCACUAAACUCUUAGGUCGCUUGUAUUACGCCAACUUAACAGCCGACAAACCAGGAGAACUUCCCCCCAAAGUCAACAACGCAGUCACAGGAGUCGCCCUCAUUGGAACCCUCGCUGGCCAACUAUUCUUCGGCUAUCUUGGAGACAAGCUCGGCCGCAAGAAAGUGUACGGCAUCACCCUCAUUCUCAUGAUCGUUUGCGCCAUAUGCUCCGGCCUCUCGAUGGGUAGAACCGCCCCAGCUGUGUUGAACACUCUCUGCUUCUUCAGGUUCUGGCUCGGCUUCGGUAUCGGCGGUGACUACCCUCUCUCCGCCACCAUCAUGUCGGAAUACGCCAACAAAAGAACACGUGGUGCUUUCAUCGCCGCCGUCUUUGCCAUGCAAGGUGUGGGACUCGUAUUUGCCGGAUUGGUGUCCACGGUGGUUUCGCGUCUUUUUUUGUCCGCCUAUCCUGCGCCCGCAUAUAAGGUAGACCAUAAGGGUUCGACGCCAGAUGAAGCUGACUUUAUGUGGCGAAUAAUUCUCAUGGUUGGGGCCAUCCCUGCAGCUCUGACAUUCUACUGGCGAAUGAAGAUGCCGGAGACAGGUCGUUACACGGCUCUCAUAGAGGGAAAUGCAAAGCAAGCUGCCGCGGACAUGGCCAGAGUUUUGGACAUUGAAAUCCAAGCCGAGCAAGAAAGGUUAGGUCAGAUGAAAGCCGCGAAUCAAUAUACCUUAUUCUCCGAUGAGUUCUUUCAGCGACAUGGGCGGCAUUUGAUAGGCACGAUGAGCACGUGGUUCUUGUUGGACAUCGCGUUCUACAGCCAGAACUUAACCCAGAAGGAUAUUUUCUCAUCUACGGGGCUGGUUGACAAGCCGGAGACGAUGAGUGCUUUAGAGGAAGUGCGCCAGACGUCACUCGCCAUGUUCGUGAUUGCCUUGUUGGGCACAUUCCCGGGGUACUGGUUCACCGUGUUCUUCAUUGAAAAAAUCGGACGCCACAAGAUCCAACUCAUGGGCUUCUUCAUGAUGUCGUUCUUCAUGUUCGUGAUCGGUAUUCGAUACGAACACCUCCAAACCGAUAAGAACCUCUUCGCUUUGCUGUAUGGGCUGACCUUCUUCUUUGCCAAUUUUGGCCCAAACAGCACGACCUUCGUGCUUCCGGCAGAAUUAUUUCCGACAAGAGUGAGGUCUACUUGCCAUGCGCUGAGUGCGGCGUCGGGGAAGGCGGGUGCAAUUGUGGCGGCGUUUGGGGUGCAGACCUACACGUUGGAUAGGAAAGUCAGUAAGAUCAAGAAGGCGAUGAUACUGUUGGCGGUGACCAACCUGAUUGGAUUUUUCUGUUCAUUCUUGGUGACGGAAACCAAAGGGAGGUCGCUGGAAGAAAUCUCCGGUGAGGAUGACAGGGAGAAUGAAGUCACCCCGAAUUCCCAAAUUGCUAGGGCUGCAGAGAAGAUUCCACAGGGAAGUCGCACUCACACUGAAUCAAUGUGA